AUGGAUAAUCCAGAGCUUACGGCCUACAUGUUCUAUACAUUACUCUAUGCUUUCUUCAGUGUGUGUGUCGUAGCCCCACCCAGUGAAUUGGUGUCAGCGGGUCUCACGGUGCAAAACCUUUUCUCUUCUUAUUUGGGUAGCCAGGAGCUUCAUUUUAUUCUUUAUCAUAUGCGAAGAACAUCGGUUACAUUAGUUGUGCAUUCACUCAUACCUUUGGGUUAUUACAUUGGUUUUGGGUGCUGCCUUCAGGAAAACCAUCUUUUUGAAUGGGAAUAUCUACAGACUGAAUGGAAAAUCUAUCUCUCUCUUGCUUUUCUUUGUCCAAUCACAACUAUCACCAUCUUCUACUGCUGGUCUCUGAACAAUUGGGAACAACACCCCAUUGCUAAACAUCUCAGCUAUAUUGCAUCCGAAGGUACUACUUGGCGUGAUGUAGCAGAUUCCAUCAAUCAAGAAUUCCGUCGGGUUGACAAGUUCACGUCUGGUCCUCAUAGUCGACAAGUAAUCAUCACUGAUUCUUGGGUGAUGAAGACAUCCACUUAUCACGUCUAUGUGGCUCACCAGAAUGAUAUUGACCUCACCCUCUCUGGUACAGAGGAACACGAUUUGUCCUAUGAAACUUCUAUAUCAGCAGUUCAAUACCUAAACAUUACAGUCACUCCAAUCAAUCCAGCUAUUAAACCGUUCAUCAUUAGGUUGAACUCAGUGGAAUACGGAGAGUUGCGGGAGAAACUGACUGGCCCAAUCCAAAAUGUGCGCAAUGUUGUCAUUCGUCUCUCUCUAAGUGAUCAAUUCUUAGUAGCCUUCAGAGAAGAAGUAAAAAAGAAUUUACCAUUUAUUUUGCCUCCAGGAAUGGAAGUGGAUACGUGUGUGGGCUGUAUGCAAAAACAAGCUGAUGUCAAAUUGCAAAAGUUGUGUGCUGAUGUGCAAGAUGAACAAUGCAGUCAAUGCUACUGUCGGCCAAUGUGGUGCCUUGAUUGUAUGGGCAAAUGGUUUGCCAGCCGCCAAGAUCAGCAGACCCCUCAACUAUGCUCACUGGCAAUUUUAUUAGAAGUGCAGGUCUCUCUCUCUCUCUCUCUCUCUCUCUCAAUAGCAAUGCAGGGAGCAUCAGGAGAGAAGGGCAUCCAUUCUCUGGCAAACUGUGAUCUUAAUUCAAUCAGGGCCACAGACAAAAUCUGA